AUGACUUCGAAAUCAAAAGAGGAAGUUCAUGAAGAAACUGAUGUUUCAUUGCCAAACAAUGAAUCAGUUGUCUUUCGCUGCCCUCCCAAAUCAAGAAUGGAACAGGGACAGUCACCUGCAAUUCAGCAUGAAACUCUAAAAGAUUGGACUCUUCCGGUAGCUCAUCUUGAUACAAAAAAGGUGUCAUCUUCUCAACUUAAAAGGUCUAACUUUUUAAGCAAAGAAUCUGAAGUUGAACAAGACACCAUACCAAAGUCAAGAACUAAAGAAGGUUUUGAUCCUAUCGCUUAUAAGCUUCUCGCUAAGGCUGGAUACGAUCUCAAAGAAUCUGCGGUGUUAAAUGUUCCAUCCCGUCAAUCUACCAGUGACAUGAUUCAUGGGUUGAAUCCUACCCAAAAGAUGUUGAAGGAAAAGGGAUACGCCAUUGAAAAUCCCAAAUUUGGCCUUGGCUACUCCUCUCCUACACCAAUCCGCAUCAAGAUCAAUAGAGUUAGUAGCCAAUAUAUUGCUAUAGAGGAUGAGUCUUCUCAAAUAGUUGGUAAAUUUCAAGCUUUUCAUGAAAAGGAGAAUAAAACUCCACGGGUAUCUGUUUUUAAGAGAUUAGGACCACAAAGAAGACAAAAGCCUCAAAACUCUCAUAAGAGUAAAGGAAAAAUGGCAAAGUCAUUGCAAAAUCUUGAAAAACCUUCUAAUGGUUCUCAUAAAUUUGGUAGUAGCAUUCCUUCGAGAAUGAGAAGAUGCACAGAUCUUGUAAUAAAGUGUGGGACUGAAUUGAGGGUCAGGGAGCAUACCGUGGUGUACACAAGACCAAAAGAGGAUGAUGAAGAGAGUGUUGCUUCAUGCAAUCAUAUAACUAUAAUUGACGGUGACUCGCCUGAAGAAGAAGAAGAUGCUGAAGAGGCUCCACCUGAAUUGGAGGAAGGUGUUAAGGCCACUGUGGAUGAUCUAAAGGAGGUCAAUCUUGGUACUUCAGAGAACCCACGUCCAAUAUAUGUAAGUGCUUCAUUGAGUCCUGACGAAGAGAAGGCAUAUAUUGAACUCUUGUGGGAGUAUCAAGAUAUUUUUGCAUGGACUUAUAAAGAAAUGCCGGAUUUAAACCCAAAAGUGGCCGUCCACCAUUUGGCUGUUAAAAAGGGAGUUCGACCUGUGAAGCAAGCACAACGGCGAUUUAGACCCGAUUUGAUUCCGUUGAUCGAAAUUGAAGUCAAUAAACUCAUUGAAGCCGGGUUUAUUCGUGAAGUUAAAUAUCCCACAUGGAUUUCGAGUAUCGUGCCUGUGCGAAAGAAGAAUGGACAAAUCCGCAUUUGUGUCGAUUUCAGGGAUGUUAACAAUGCUUGUCCCAAAGAUGACUUCCCUUUACCAAUCACUGAACUCAUGAUUGAUGCAACUACUGGGCAUGAAGUUCAGUCGUUUAUGGAUGGCUCUUCUGGAUAUAAUCAAAUUCGAUUGGCACCGGAGGAUGAGGAGCUCACUGCAUUUCGUACUCCUAAGGGUAUUUAUUGUUAUAAAGUGAUGCCCUUUGGUCUCAAAAAUGCUGGUGCCACAUAUCAAAGAGCAAUGCAAAGUAUCUUUGACGACAUGCUUCAUAAGAAUAUCGAGUGUUAUGUGGAUGAUUUAGUUGUGAAAUCAAAGAAAAGAAAUAAUCACUUGGAGGAUUUGAGACAAGUUUUCGAUCGGUUGAGAAGGUAUCAACUCAAAAUGAACCCUCUCAAGUGUGCAUUUGGAGUCACGUCGGGGAAAUUUCUUGGUUUUGUGGUUCGCCAUCGAGGCAUUGAAAUUGAUCAGGCCAAAAUUGAUGCUAUAUUGAGGAUGCCUGAACCUCGUGACAUUCAUGAAUUGAAAAGUCUUCAAGGGCGAUUAGCUUAUCUGCGGAGAUUUAUCUCAAAUUUAGCAGGAAGGUGUCAGCCAUUUAGUCGAUUGAUGAAGAAAGAUGUGCCAUUUCAAUGGGAUGAGGCAUGUAGUAAUGCAUUCAAUAGCAUUAAGUCUUAUCUUAUGAAAGCACCUGUGUUGGCUGCACCUAUUCAUGGAAAGCCCUUACUCCUUUAUAUUGCCGCCCAAGAAAAACGGGGGGGCUUCAAAAAAAAGUGGAUGCAUUACUUGCACAAGAAUAAUAAUGAAGGACAUUGCAAUACAGAAGUUAAAGCACUACUUUCAAGCGCAUAG